GCACUGAUAGGUGGCACUGAUUGGCAUUGAUAGGUGGCACUGACUGGCACUGAUGGGUGACAUUGAAAGGCAGCUCAGAUGGGCACUGAUAUGUGGCAUUGAUGUGCACUGGUAUGCACUGAUAUGUGGCAUUGAUGUGGCACUGAUGGGCACUGGCACGUGGCACUGAUGGCCACUAGCACGUGGCACUUCUGGGGCCACACUAAUCAUCAGGGCACACUGAUCAGUGCCCUGAUGAUCAGUGUACAUGUCCCUCUCCUCUCCUCUCGAGCUGUCAGCGUGACAGCUCGAGAGGAGAGAAAUGCCGAUAACCAGCAUUUCCGUGUUUACAUGUGAUCAGCUGGCAGGCGGAAGGUGGUUA